AUGGCCACAGAAUUUGGUGGACUUCUUCUACUACCCAGUGGUGUUGUCGAGAUGUGGUUCCGUCAGCCUGUUCAAGAUGGUUACUGCUGGUUUAGCAAUUGUCUGUCCACUUAUGGAUGGCUCUUGCCUUCCAGGUUGGAUGGGACGGUUGGACAGCCUUGGGCCGUAGGCGGUAUGGUGUUGGUCGCUGGCACAAUCUGUUGGUCUCGGCCCUUACAAGUAGGUUGCCAGAUUCUCGCCAAACCAGAGCAGCCAGACACAACUCGUCAAAUGGUCGAAAGAGACGAAGCAGGAAACGGCAGCGGCAUACCAUCACUCGGUAGAGGAAACUUGGCUGAUCUCAGUCAACACUUGCGCGCAGCCAGGAAAUGGAAGGGUCUUGCUGAUUUUGCCCUUGCCGGUGCUGGUGAUGGUGCUGGUGCUAGUUCAAGUUACAACAUAUUCCGUGAACUGUUGUGCUAUGCGGGACUGACUGCCGGUCCUCAGAAGGCCACCCACCCUCAACCAUCCGAUGACUGGGGUUCCCGUUACCCUUUGUAUACAUCGCAUUUGCUGUUUCAUAAAUGGGCGUCGUUUGUGACACCCGUCGGUCUCGAUUCGAACGGGAAAACAAAACGACCUCGGGCACCAACCGGACUGGAGAAAAGAUGGUACACCCUCAGUACGUACGGGAGCCCUGGUCUGCAUGGAAUGCGCAAACCAUUGUCAGGCUACUGUUGUAAGGUAGCUUGGGAAGAUGGCAGGAUGCGCCAUGAUGGUCCUUGGGCUGAACCAGGAAACGUUCGCCCUGUUGCUCCGGUACAUGAACUUUUGGCGUCUCACAAGAGGAAAGUGGCAAUCUCCAAGUGGUCUGAGAGCAUAUUGUUGUCUUGA